CCCGCCUCUCGAUGAUUUUCUAAACAGUGUCGUUGGGGCAUACUUUCUGGUUUUUACAGUGGCUCGGUAAAUACUUAGCAAGUCUGUUUAACUUCCUGGCAAGUGCUAUUCAUGCGAUUAGCGAGUUGGAACAAAACCGAUUUAAAUACCAAGCCUAUAGUAGUAUUAUUAGCAAUGCUAAACAACAGCAGCGUCGAAAAGGUGCUGCAGGUGACAACAACUGCUUGCUCCCUGCUCCUUUAGAGCGGCAGGUAACUUGGUCAAGCUGCCGUGUCCGUGGAGGUGAAACCUGUCUCGAGCGUUUCCGAAACAAUGAAUGUAUUCCGACACCUGAUAAAUUUUGGGGUGAACCCUGCAGCGCUGGCUUAUGCCAUGACCACUCUGGGGUCUAGCAUGAUAAACAACAUUUUCAGCUUCUACUAUGUCAAACUCUUCCUGAAUAGGUACAAGAUAUCCGAGGGAGCAUUUCACCAAUCACAAGUGGUGUACAUGGUGUGGAAUGCAGUUAAUGACCCUCUCUUUGGUUACCUGCAAGAUAACUCCAGGGUGGCCUGCUGCUCUCAGCGGCGUCUCUCCAUCCUGUAUGGUGCCCCCCUCUACUCGCUGUCUUUUCUUCUAGCUUGGUUCCCGUGGCGUUCCUACGCCCCUGGUGAUUGGUUGAGUGGGUUACACUUGGCAGUAGCUCUGUGUGCUUUCGAUGGCAUGCUGACUUUUGUGCUGUUGGCACAAUGUGCCUUGUUUGCAGAGAUUUCAAGCCAUCAUCAGAACAGACUAAGACUCAUAAAGUACAACCAGGUGGCUUCUCUCAUUGGCUCCUCCAGUGUCCUUUUCUGUGGUGUGGUGUCCAGAAACAUGGAAGACUUCACGGGUUUUCAGGCGUUCACUGUGCUGAUUGCUGUCUUGAGCUGUGGCUGCAUGCUCUACACAGGCUUUCACAGUGAGAGCCGCUUUGACAAUAAAGUGAAUCAGUAUGAAUCAGUUGUUCCCGGGUCUGAUGAUCAGACUUCCCAUGCAUGCUCCUUCUCCACAUUGAGAAUGUUGACAUGGCAAAUCCUGACCAACAGGGACUUUCAGCUAUUUGUGCUCAUGAACUUCUUCCAGGUGUUCAUGUUGGCUUUCUUUAAUAAUUUUACCAUGAUAUUUGCUGAAAACCUGAUUCCUCCAGAUGUGCUUCCAUCAUUUGCAAAGAGCAUCAUGUAUGGAGCAGGAUUCAUCUGUCCACAGCUUUUAGUACUGAGCUCUCAGAGGCUGCUGCAUGGGCUUGGCUACUACAGGAUCAUCCUAUUCACCUUCUAUGUGGAGGCUGGGAUGGCAGCUGUCAUGCUAGCAGUUGGUCCUCAGCAUUACUAUGUCCUGGCAUUUUUCCUCACCAUUAACAUGGUUAUAAUUCAAGCGUGCUUCAGUCUUUUUGGGUUGCCUUUGGCUGACAUUAUUGACACUGACCUGCAGAAAUACAAGCGCAGUUCCCCUCUCUCAUCCAUGGUGUUUGGAACAAAUGCACUGUUCACAAAGCCAGCUCAGUCUCUGGCCCCUAUGAUGGUGUUAAGUAUCCUGAACCAGUUCGGGUAUGAGCAGCUGAAGGAUGCAGCAAAGGAUUCAAAUCAGAGUGCCUUGGAGAGCCUCCACAGCAUCAUGUUCUACUUGGUGUGUCUGGUGCCCAUGUGUGUCGCUGCUCUGCAAGUCCUGGCAUGGAGGCCGUUUUCCAUUCGCAACAGUCACACAGUUGACACAAAGUACAUUGAUGGCUAACAUCAGUAUCCUCAGCAUUCAUAGAGAGCUGGUUUAUUUUACUCUAGUUGGGAAUUGGGGACAUUUUUAAUGACUAAUCUGUAAAUAAGUAAUUUUAAAAUGGGUAUUUUUGUAUAUUUCAAUGAGUGAAUCUAUUCAUACAUAUUGCAAUUCCAACGGUGAACAACUGUAAAUUGUCAAGUAGCUAAAAAAAUCGAACAAAUGAAGCAACUGGGUUUUUGAUCUUUACUUUGAUUUACAAGUGGCAGUAUUCUUCAAAUACUGUGUCUGGAUUGCCCACUCUUGGUGGUAAAACUCUUCCUUUAGUUUUCUUGAGACAUUUACUGGUUGUUUAAAAAAAAAAAAA